UCGGAGGUGCUGCUUAUGAGCAAGUCAGCACUGGGACAGCUAGGCACGCUGCUAGGAUAUACUUUACAAGCUUAGCAAUUCUGUGUAACAGAGGAGAAAACAACCCACUGCAAUUAAAACGACGUAAACACUGCAGGUGUAUACCUGGAGAGAAGGACAACAGCCAGCACCAGAAGCAGAGAAGAGUGACACUUGCAUAACAAGACACACGAGACAGCAGAACUUUCUGUUUCCAUCUGAGAAGAGACGCUACCUGCUCCAGCCUCUUCUGUUCAAAGUUUUACCCGGGAGUGCAGUACUGAAGACUGGAAAGUUCCUGUGGAAUUGUGUCUCUCUACUCCUCUGCACAGAAGAAAAAGACAGGGCAGUUUAUUAUUUCUGUAUUCAUUAUUUUAAAAGAAGAAGAAGAAAUCAACAAUAACAAUACAAUACAAUACUAAUACUACUACGACAACUAAUAAACUGCACUGGCCAACUGCACUACACCAGCUAUAUUUGACCUAGGAGGAUAAGUUGCCAUAAGUUGAUAAAUAUUUAUUUGUCUACUUUUAAAUAUACUUUUUUUAAAACAGAGGCUGUGCGCUCAUAGGCUAUCCGUUGGCUCGAAGGACUGCAGUUGCAUGGAGUGAGAUGGCCUCCGACCUCGCUAUGAGUACAGAGCUGCCGAACAGCCCCCUUGCCAUUGAGUACGUCAACGACUUCGAUCUGAUGAAGUUCGAGGUCAAGAAGGAGCCACCGGAGUCGGAGAGGUACUGCCACCGUCUCCCGCCCGGCUCCCUGUCCUCCACCCCUAUCAGCACCCCCUGUUCCUCCGUGCCUUCGUCCCCGAGUUUCUGCGCGCCCAGCCCCGGAGAGCAGUUCAACACCAACCCCAACAACAACAACAUUAUCAACAACAACCAAAACCCUGCCACCAAGCCUCAGCUGGAGGACCUGUACUGGAUACCCAACUACCAGCACCACCUCAACCCGGAGGCCCUGAACUUGACCCCUGAGGACGCUGUGGAAGCCCUCAUCGGCAAUGCUCACCACCACCACCACCAUCACCACCAGGGCUAUGAGGGGUUCAGGGGGCAGCAGUUCCCCGACGAGGAACUCUCCGCUGCGGCCGCCAGCCACCACCAUCAGGCUCACCACCACCACCAUAACCACCACAUGCGGCUGGAGGACCGCUUCUCCGACGACCAGUUGGUGAGCAUGACAGUGCGGGAGCUCAACAGGCAGCUGCGCGGUUUCAGCAAGGAGGAGGUGAUCCGUCUCAAGCAGAAGCGCCGGACCCUGAAGAACCGUGGCUAUGCCCAGUCGUGUCGGUAUAAGCGGGUCCAACAGAGGCACAUGCUGGAGAGCGAGAAGUGCACCUUGCUGAGCCAGGUUGAUCAACUCAAACAAGACGUGGCGAGGCUGGCAAAGGAACGGGACCUGUACAAGGAAAAGUACGAGAAACUGGCGAGCCGGAGUUACAGCAGCAGAGAUCUCACAACCAACCAGACGAAAAGCGCAUCAUCUGCCGAAUUCUUCAUGUGAGGGUGUUCGUUUUUUUUCUCUCUCUCUCUCUUUGUUUUCUUAUAGACUGUACACGAACUUUUAAAACUGUUUAUAAAUAUUUGUUUCUGCUCAAGGUUUAUUCAACAACAGAAUUCAUCUACAGGUAAACCUUAGAAUAAAAGUAGCCCACCUCAUCUCCAACCUGUUUUUGUUUCAGAAACAGUAAAAUAACUAUUAAUGAUAAUAAAAUAAAGUGAAACGGCUGGGUGCAGUAGUCGUCUGUGAGCUUUCCCUUUAAACUGAAAAGUCUUAGCGAACACUUUCUGGAACUUGCAAAUAAUUGUAAAGGACCGAGUGAAAAAAGAACAAAAAAAAAACUAUGCACAAUUGUCUUAAUCCAACGAUUUGUUUCGAUGUGUUUUUAGCAGCUGUUUUCAAAAACUCGAACUACAAAUAAAAAAUGGAUCGGUUCUUUUUUUGAAGACUGGACUUAUAUAAGUAAAAAGCAAUACGAUUUAACAAUGCAUCUUCUGUGAUAGAACACCUCUUGUUGGACUGCCAACUUUGGACGACACGAAACUAAAAAAGAAAGAGACACGUCGUCCUAUUGUGAGUCUUAAAAAAUAAGACUUUUUAGAAACCCUGCAUGCAGGACAUGUAUGGCAUUUCGAAGUCCUUUUUUUCUACUACUAGACCAGGAUAAGAAGCAUGGCCCAAUAUUCUUCUUUUUGCAGCAGUUAAGUUGCGAUACUUGAAAAAGCGACAAUGCAACGAAGUGACUGUGGGAAGUCAGCACAGAAAAGGGAUGAGUGUUAACGCUAUUUCCAUUCUAUUUUAUUGUUUUAAAGAGAGAACGUGAGCCAGAUUCUAGAAUGAUUUAUGUCCACUUGUAAAUAUGUAGAAUUAAUAUGGGAUGUUUUUUGUUUUUUUUCUGAGCCUUUUUUUGCUUGAUGCUGAUUAAGAAAAAAGGUCUUAAUAAUGAAACGUUUGUAUGUAACGGCAUGCAAAUAAUAUACAAUAUUCUAAUUUAAAUGAAGAUGUAGACUUGUAAGAAAAGCCUAAUGCACUAUACUAAAAUAAUUGGAUUACUAUGUUACUGUUUUAUAUGAAAUUUGAUUGCUAUGCUGUUAAUAAGUAUUGAAAAGGUGGAUAUAUUAACAUUAUCAAAAAGUGACAUGACAAAUAUAAUAAUAUAUGGACUGCAAUCCGUUUGCUGCUAAUUCUCUAUGCACCAUCUAUUUAUUACCCCUUUGUACGGUUCUUCGGAUUUUGGCCCAGAUUAAAAUCAUUCAUGUUCCCAAAAUACUGCACAUUUUGUGUAAAACACCAGUAGAUCUACUGUAAAGGUUAUCAGAUCCACAACAUUUGCUUAUUAUUGAUACAUAAUUAUUUAAAUUCAUUAAAUACAAAUGCUGCAGAGUUGUGACCGUUUUGAAAGGAUGCGCAAAUGCCUGUCUAAAAUGAUUUUUUUUUAACUGAACAACAACACAUCCUGCAAUGGAAUCUGAGUGAAUUCAACUGAUCAAACUACUGUCAAUAAAAUAUUUGAACAAA